GAUUCCAGAUGGCAGUUGACCAUGGGUCACUGAAACUGUGAAAAGCAAAGCCACAGACGAGGCAGGCGAUACGGUAUAGAGCCCAGCAUCCAUCACAGAAGGCAUUUAUGACCACUGCCUCCAGUGACACAUAUACUGCUUGUGAUAAGACUUUGCAUGAUCAUAAAAACCCUAUAUUAGGAACAGAUCACAAGUAUAUAAAUAGCAUCAUUUGACCGAUGGUGGAACUAAUUUUUUGUGUAAAAGCCUAUCACCUGGGGUUUGUCAUGUAUGUUAUUGGGCUGUGCUAAGUCUUAGGAAGACAAAGAUAUUUGCAACACUGUUCUCAUUACAAUAUCACCACAAAAAUCAGCUCCGUCAGCCCUGGAAGCAUCUGAAUAAUACCUUCCAUGGCCCAGUUAAUUGGAAAACUCUGCUGCUGUGUCACAGGAAAGUAGUUGUGGAAGUUCCACACUUGAGUGGCUUGAUAGAGGAGACUUCAAUUAUGUAAAGGCCUUUCUCAGAGGGCAGUAGUUCUAAGAAAGUUGUCUUGCCAGUCAUCCAGUUGACUUGGAAAAAGAAGUCCCGACAGAGCUCUGUCUUGGUGACCACAGGGCAGUAUUGAUCCUACCAGCCAGGUUUGCAAGGGGGCUGCAGCGCCGUGUGGGCUGUCGAUGCCGGGGCUGGACGAGGUGUUCUGGGGCUUUUUCUCGGAUACCCUGAUGCGCUUUUGAAAUCCCUUCCGCAGGCCUGAUGCGCUCACGGGUCCGGGGAGCCGACGCAGCCCAGGCCAAGGUCCUGACGUUCCUGGACAGCCACUGUGAGUGCAACGAGCACUGGCUGGAGCCCCUCCUGGAGCGGGUGGCCGAGGACAGGACUCGGGUUGUGUCCCCUAUCAUCGAUGUCAUUAAUAUGGACAACUUUCAGUACGUGGGCGCGUCCGCUGAUUUGAAAGGCGGUAGGUGCCGCUCCUGGUCCAGCCUGCCUUGCUCUGGCCGUCUGCAUGGCGGCUGCGGUGGCAGCCUGGAGAUCGUCCCCUGCAGCCGCGUGGGACACGUGUUCCGGAAGCAGCACCCCUACACUUUCCCGGGUGGCAGCGGCACGGUCUUUGCCCGCUUAGGGUUAGAAAUCCAGGGUGCGAGAAAUGCCGCCUGGCUGACACAGCCCCGCCUGUGGGAGGAGAGGUACGGGCCAGGGGAGCGGCCUUCCUCUGUUCCUGCUGCCAGAGAAUCACCGAGCAAGGGGGUGGGCGGCGGGAGCUGGGGGGCCUGCGGAAUUAAGCAGACGAUUCUCCCCUUGCUUUCCAGGGUCCCUGACCACCAAGAUAUAGCUUUUGGGGCCUUGCAGCAGGGAACCAACUGCCUGGACACUUUGGGACAUUUUGCUGAUGGUGUCGUUGGAGUCUAUGAGUGUCACAAUGCAGGGGGGAACCAGGAAUGGGCCUUGACGAAGGAGAAGUCAGUGAAGCACAUGGACUUGUGCCUGACAGUGGUGGACCGGGCACCCGGCUCUGUCAUAAAGCUGCAGGGCUGCCGAGAGAACGACACCAGACAGAAAUGGGAGCAGAUCGAGGGCAACUCCAAGCUGCGGCACGUGGGCAGCAACCUGUGCCUGGACAGCCGCACGGCCAAGAACGGGGGCCUGAGCGUGGAGGUGUGCGGCCCAGCCCUGUCCCAGCAGUGGAAGUUCACGCUCAACCUGCAGCAGUAGGAGACCCCGCGAGGCCACGCCGGCCCGGCCCCCACGCUGGUCGGCUGAGUUUGGUGAUCACGUUAUCGAUUAUGUUUCUUGAACCUUCUGCGAAACUAUAUACCUCAGUAUUCCAUCAUGGUCUGAACGUCGGAGAACUUGUGCGAGGCACGGGGCCUGGGUGGACAGCGAAGAGGCCAGGAAAGAGAACCGCGCUCCUCGUCCCACAGGAGGCGGCCAGGCCCCCUUUCCGAGGCCACGGCCGCCUGCGCCCCCAGCGACCCCUGGGACGGCCGAGUCGCGGCCCCAACGCGGACCAGUGGGGGGGCAGGAAGGGCGGAAGGGGUGUCGUUGCUAUGUCACCGCGAGGAGAACUCUCUGGAAAUCUCCAUUUUUGAUCCCAUCGAAAUCACGUCUGGUUUCCACAACACCAAACCCAGUCAUUUUGCAGGUUUACGUCGUAUUCCCCUGUCCCCGCUCCUCUGUUCCCAGCUGUCUUCCCAGCACAGACCCCCUCUUCCACGUGAUGUUCUUGCUCUAUUUGAAUAUGAACUUUUCUAUGGUGGGACACUAAAUAUAAAUAUAUAUAAAGAGAGAAUGUACGGUCAGUUCCCUAUGGUUUCUGUAGGUUGUCCUCAUCUUGUCAAUUCCCCACAAAGCAGUUAGUUCACGGCCGUAAGGAAGAGGGACGGGGCCCUUCGGGGCCGGGCCUCCAUUGCCCCCUGGACCCUGUCGGUGAGCAGGUGCUACGGGGGCUGCUGGGGGCUUCCCUGCGGCCAAGCCCCAGGAGGCGAGCGGCGCCAGGGUCCCCCGACUCCGGCCUCGGCCUGGGCCCCUCCGCUGGCUUCAGCUUGGGACUCGCUGCUAAGUGUCAGACCCACCUGCUGUGCCCUUGGUAUCUGGAAACCCGGAUGGGUGACUGACUUUGACAAACGUUACUUUGGGUAUUUUUUAAUUAUUUUUUUUUCUCUUAGGGAAAAAAACAAAAAACAAAAACCCAGCCUCACAGCUCUCAGUAGGCGAUGGUAGGAAAGCUGUCCUGGGCUGGCAUUGGGCGAAUAGUGAGUGUCCCGUGAGCUGGUCCCUGGGCUCUGGAAUCCGGCCUGCCCACACUGUCCCUCCCAGGCCCAGGUGCCCGCUUUUUGGUCAUGGGGCAUUGGGUCAAGAAUUAGGAGAGGUGGAAAUCAUCCAGUGCCCCAUCUGUUGACAUGGAGCAUUGCGGGCACGAAACAGGAGGCGUGUGCGUUAGGAAGCAGAUGUCAGUAUAACCACAAGCCAGUUAGGAAAUAGAAGUCGUGACAGGAAGAGAUGCCCAGGAAUGUCCCUGCAGAGCCCCCCUUGCCUUUGCAGUGGCCCCACGUGCUGUGCCACGGCAGCCCCCAGCCCCCUACAGAAUGGCCCCUCGGUCAUUCUCGUGGCCACGCCCUCCUUCCUUCUCCCCUCCGGAACACCUGCCGGGUCUCAGAGAGGCUGGCCCUUCCCAGGCCACCCACGGCUGCCGCGUGGUGGGACGUGCAUCAGAAAUGCACAUCCUCAGGCCCCUUCGGGGCGGGCCUGGGAGGUCACAGAGGGAGAAGUGGCCACUGAAGAUUCUGCUGGGUUGACAUUCUGGGAAGUGCCACUCUCUUCCCCGCCCCCCUUUUUUUCUAGGAAAGGGGACACUAUUGGUCUUUCUUCCUUCACUGCAAAAGACCCACAUGUGUUUGCUCCAGGUCACCAGGGUCAGGCAUAGAGGCGUGGCUAAGGGACUGUCCUCUGCCCCGCAACUAGAUGUCCCUUCUGUGGACAGGGAGGCCAUAGCUGGAUCACCUCAGCACACGUGUGUCUUCAGGGGCUGGUCUUGACUACAGGGAGGCCUCGGGGAGAGGGCCAGUUACCUGUGCAAGGCUGUUGAUUGCAGGUGGGGCAGGAACCAGACUCAGCCCGAGCCUCUGGGUCCCAUCUUAGACCCUGUCACCUGUGAGCCAUUGCCAGUGUUCGCAAAAAAUACCCCAUGGCUAGCAAACAGAUUUGGCUUUGAGGUAAAGCAAAUUCGAGUCAGGUCCUUGACGAAUCCUUCCCCCACACACCCCCAGCCCACCCAGUAUUCUCAUGGACCUUGUGGCAUCAGAACAGGCCCACCAGCCCCUUCUGGGGUCGUGCCGUCCCUGAGUGGCAGAGGUGGGGCUGGGAGGGCUCCCUGGAGGCGAGUUAUGUUUACAAGACAACAGCGUGCCAAGGUGACUUCCUGUGGUGGCAUUACUUCUAGUCAUCGGGCGACCCCACCCUCUCCUGUUUCUAUAAGUACACACUCUUUCCCGAGAGCCCUUUGAGCACAGCCUGGUGAAGGUAGUUGUCCUGUCUGUGGCGGUCUUUCCCACGUCGUCAUCAAAGCUAAAAUGAUGGUCUCUGUGAGUAUGUUUUGCAAAUUCAAAAUAUAGUUUGGUAAUUUUUUUUCCAGUUGAUUUUUAAGAAGAACUGCUGUACAGAGCUUGUACUUCUUCCAUUUUAUAGAUGGAAACCAUCCUUGAAAAUUGUUUAACUUAAAUAAAGAGAAGAUACUUUAUAGA